GGGUAAAGUUGGGCGUCCAAGGUGCCUUUCCCUCCACCACACCACCGGCUGCUGCACACACCUCGCCAGCAAGCAUGACCGACGCACCACCGCCCGCUGCCGCGCCGCCCGCCGCUGAGACCGAGGAGCUCAACGAGGACGGCACGCCGCUGUCGGAGAACCAGAAGAAGAAGCGCGCCGCAAAGGCAGAGAAGGAGCGCAAGAAGGCAGAGACGGCCGCGCGCCUGGCCGCCGAGAAGCAGGCCAAGGAGGCCAGCGAGGUGGACUUCGCUGCCCAGAACUACGGCCCGCAGCCGCUGAACCAGAGCCGCGAGCGCACGGGCCGGACGUUCAACCUGAUCAGCGAGUUCAGCGGCGAGCGCGAUGGCGAGGCCGUCAUGUUCUCGGCGCGCAUCCAGACCUCGCGCUCUCCCUCAGCCAAGAUGGUCUUCUUGACGCUCCGUGCGCGCUUUGACUGCGUGCAGGCCAUUCUGGCGCAGACGCCCGAGGUGGUGUCGAAGCAGAUGGUCAAGUGGGCCGCCGGCCUGCCGGCCGAGACGCUCGUGGCCGUCGAGGGCACGCUUGUGAAGUCGCCUGUCCCGAUCGAGUCCUCCACCGUCACGGUCAAGGACGCCGAGGUGAAGAUCACGAAGCUGCACGUUAUCUCGGCCAUCACGACGACGGCACCGCUGCCGUUCUACGUCGACGAUGCCGUGCGCUCCGACGCCGAGAUCGAGGCGUCGCAGAGCACGGACCGCCCGAUGCCGGGCCUGCCGCUGGACCUGCGCCUCGACAACCGCGUUCUCGACCUGCGCACCGUCACCAACCAGGCCAUCUUCCGCAUCGAGCACGGCGUGUGCCGUCUCUUCCGCGAGUACCUCGACAACGAGGGCUUCCUAGAGAUCCACUCGCCCAAGCUGCAGGGCGCGGCGACGGAGAGCGGCGCUUCGGUGUUCAAGGUCUCGUACUUCAAGGGCGAGGCCUUCCUGGCGCAGUCGCCGCAGCUCGCCAAGCAGAUGGCCAUCGCGGCCGACUUUGGCAAGGUGUACGAGAUCGGUCCCGUCUUCCGUGCCGAGGACAGCAACACGCCGCGGCACAUGACCGAGUUCACCGGCCUCGACCUGGAGAUGGCGUUCAACGAGCACUACCACGAGGUGCUCGACCUGCUCACCGGCCUCUUCACCUUCAUCUUCCAGCAGCUGCCCAUCCGCUACGCCAAGGAGCUCGCGCUGGUCAAGCGUCAGUUCCCCGUGCCCGACUUCCUCGUGCCCGACAAGAUGCCGCGCAUCACCUUCAAGGAGGCGAUCGCCUUCCUGCGCGAGGACGGCGUCAAGAACGCCGACGGCUCGGAGCUGAGCGAGCUCGAGGACCUCUCCACCGAGCAGGAGCGCAUCGUCGGCCGCAUCGUGCGGGAAAAGUUCCACUCCGACUUUGUCGUCAUCGACAAGUACCCGCUGGCCGUGCGCCCGUUCUACACGAUGCCCGACCCGGCGAACCCGGAGUACUCCAACUCCUACGACUUCAUCAUGCGCGGCAACGAGAUCCUCUCUGGCGCCCAGCGUAUCCACGACGCGCCGACAUUGGAGGCGUCGAUGGCCAAGGCCGGCGUGCCGGUCGAGUCGAUGCCCUCGUACGUCAACGCCUUCCGCGCCGGCUGCCCGCCGCACGCUGGCGGCGGCAUCGGUCUCGAGCGCGUCGUGCAGUUCUUCCUCGGCCUCGGCAACAUUCGCCGCGCCUCGCUCUUCCCGCGCGACCCCAAGCGCCUCGAGCCCUGAGCGGCGGGCACGAGGGAAAGACACAAUGCGAUGGUGAAACAAUCUAUGGCAUGACGUGGCGUCUGGGCCUCUCUGGCAGGCCUCCUCCUCCCC